AUGAUUAAUGUUUUGGCAAAUAUUAUUCGCCCAAAAUGUUCAAUUCUAUCUAUGAGGCUAUUUGUACCAGAUACUAAGAUCAUCGGUGGCACAGAAGCUCCUGAUGGUGCAAUACCAUACCAGGCGUCUUUGAGGAAUGGAAUCCAUCACUUCUGUGGAGCAACCGUUAUCGGCAAAAGAUGGGUUAUCACUGCUGCGCACUGUGUCAUCGAAUUUCCUGCAGAGGUCGUCGAAGUUGUAACAGGUACAAACAGUCUUGUAACUGGCGGUGAUAAGUAUUCAGUCGAGCAUGUGUUCAUUCACGAAGAAUUCGACCAAUCUACUAUAGUGAAUGACAUCAGUCUUAUUAAAGUGAACGAAGAUAUAAAGUUCAGUGAACGAGUGAAACCUAUAGAAAUCGCUGACGGGCCCUGUUCACUUGGAGCUAAUGUUCUACUUACUGGUUGGGGUCGAACAACGAGUGGCGACGAUCCCAUCCCAGCGACCUUACAAAUGGUGAACCAAACUGUGAUGAUGACUAGAACUUGUCAAUAUAUGUUCAUGAACGUGAACGUGAUAACUGAAAAACAACUAUGCACAUUUACGCCCACAGCAAAGGGAGCUUGCCAGGGUGAUUCUGGAGGACCAUUAGUUCUAGACAACAAGUUGGUUGGAAUUGUUUCUUGGGGUGUGGACUGCGAUCUUUAUUACCCAGAUGUGAACACAGAUGUAUGGAGUUAUGUCUCUUGGAUUAAAGAUAAGAUAGAAAAUCAUUGA